ACAAACAGUAAGUUUACAGAGAAAACAUGCUCUUUGAGCUCCCAGUAUUUAUCCUUUAAAAAGCAUUGCAAUAACAUCUUUCCCCUCAGUGAAACAUGGAUCUGUUCAGCUUAAAAUCACUUGUGUUUUCCCUCUGUCUUCUAGGGCCCAGUGUUGGUCAAAAGAUUGUCUCGGAGCGUCCAGUGAAAGCCUAUUUGGGGGAAAACACAACACUUGAAAUCCUGAUUGAGAAUGAGCCAAGUAACAUAAUAACCUGGAAUUUCAAAGGUGGAAACCAAAUUUUUAAUGUUGCUGUUCUGCGUCCAGAAGGUCUCAUGGUGAAUGAUCGCUACAAAGGUAGAGCUUCGAUUGAUUCAGCCAACGGCCACCUGACUCUGACCUCCGCACGACUGAAUGACAGCGGAAAUUAUACUGUCUUAGUAUUGGGGGAAGAUACUACUGAAAUUGGAAUAGUUAAACUUCAUGUUGUGGAUGUUUUACAACCCAACCUGACUUUGCUGGCCCCCUCCAGCAAGGAGCCGCAGGAGGGGAAGUUAACCCUCACGUGUCAGGGAAACAAGGGCUUCCCCACUGACUGGAAAUUGCAGUGGUACGUCAAUGGCAGCAGCCAAGUCCACUGGGAAGAGCAAUGGAGCCCUGUGAAGCAACUGGACGACGACCACUACACCUGGAGCAGCUCCUUAACGGUUGAUGAGGAGAACUGGAAGAAGAUUUCGUCUGUGACCUGCAGGGCAGUUCUGGGCUCACUGGCUCCAGUCUCAGUCACUCUGAAAAUCAAGUAGAGAUCAGAGGCCCAGCCUGACUUACUGGAUUUUCAAGGACCAAUUAUUCUCUUCCUGUACUCUGUACAGUCUUCUUUAUAUUGCUUUUUAAAUUUUCCACAGAUUAAAGUGUAAUCUACGUAAUAUGUAUGGAUUCAAUAAAUUAUCCGGUGAGUUUGAAGCUAAAAUAAAAAUCUUUCCACAAAAAGCUUAAGGACAGAGGACAAAUUCAGGUGAAUAUGUACUUUACUUUAGUAAUUUUCAGAUGUAUGCUAACACACAUCAUAAAUAGUAUUUUCUUCUGGAUUUCAUAUUUUGAAGACAGGCUAAAAAUGACUUUUGCUUGAUAUCAUUUGUAGUCCAGAGAAACAAUAAUUCAAGUUUAAGAUUCACAGAAACACUGAGCAGACAAAUAUUUUUGCUUUAAAGUAUUAUUUCUCAUUUUGUCUUGACAGAUGUCCUGCAGAACAAUGUCUAACAUGUUUAAUAUGAGAGUUCAGUAGACUAUCCUCAGAGUUGUGUAGAAAAAGUGGCAAACAUUUGUGAGCUUGAAGUCAUUUUCAGCUAGGAGAUAUUUCCUGAAAAAUAAAAUGAAUUUAAAUAAUUCCAAUAUUUUUGUAAAAUACAAGACCCUUUGCUUACCAUUAUGAUCACAGUGUUUAAAAUUGUUUAUAAAUACCAUUCAAACGUGUAUGUAUCAGAUUAGAUCUGUUGAUUCUUUGGAGAGUUUUAUGUCUUCUUCCAUUUUGCCUCACAGACAAUUAAACUGCUCUGUAAACUAUA